CGCCCCCUACAGCCGAAUUGCGGUGUGCUCUUUUCGGUAUUGCUUUCAAGGGGCUUGCCUCAGUGUGACUCGACUGGAAACAAAAAUAUGUCGCUCGACCUUUGUGUCGGUUAUUCUACCGAUUAGUUGUUUUAAAAAAAUCGUAUCUCUAUGGUUUCCGGUGCUUUCUUAGCGAAGAUGAGGCAGAAAACGUUGGGUUCUGUCGUGGGUUUGCUUUGCACAGGGACGUGUUUGGCGCAGGGCAAGGAGUUCUGUUUCGGGGUGAACAAUGAGAAGUACAGAUGCGAGAUGGGUUACUGUUGCGGCGAGACGGAGUGCUGCACCUACUACUACGAGCUGUGGUGGUUUUGGCUGGUCUGGACUCUCAUCAUCAUGCUGAGCUGCUGCUGUGCAUACAGACACCGGCGCGUUAAGAUGCGACUGCAGCAGGAACAGAGGCAGAGAGAGAUCAGCCUCAUGGCCUAUCAGGGAGCCUCCAGCUCCUUCAUCUCUCCACCACCCCUCAACCUGCGCUUCUGGACGGACUGCAAGCUCCCUGACUACGAGGAAGUAGUAGGCCACCCUCCCACCCCUCCUCCACCAUAUUCCGAGAAUCCUCCAGAACUCUCAACCUGUGCUCAACCGUCUGUCGGUUGUUCUGAGUCAGCUGUGGUGUUGGAGGCGGUGCAGACAGAGAACGGUGCUUGUGAGUCGCAGGAACCGAACCUCGUGGCAGCCGCGGCCCAAUCGGAAUGCGCAGAGCACGAAGAGCCGGACGUCUCCCUGGAGGAGGAGCUAAACACCAGACGGAGGCAUGUGACGGGCGACUCGGGCAUCGAGAUGUGCGUGUGCCAGCUGGACACAGAUGAGUGCUCCGGGAUGGAAGAGGAAGAGGGCAGGAUGUGUCAGGUGCCUGGUGGGAGCUGCUGCUCGGAGAGACAGGCUCUCAGACCCAAAGAGAUCUCGUGCUCUCCAACAUCCGAUGGAGAUCAUGUGGUGUGAGUCACAUGACACGUAACGUUGCCUGAAGUUGAAGGGCAUAAGGCUUUGUUAUGGUUAGCAUCUUUUUUUUUUUUUUUUUCUUUUUUUUUUUCCGCCAACCCGUAAGGCAACCUUGAAGUGCACAAGGCAGGGCGUUGGCAUGUUUUGCCAUUCUAAUAACAACUGAAUAAAAAUAAGCACGUUGCUCUUAUGUUACCAUUAACAAUAACAAAAUUAGGUUUUUUUCUAGAAGGAAUUUUUGUAUUUAGUGGGACGACGCGCUCUUGUUUUUGCCAGACAUUUGGAAAAAAAAGUGAGAAGAAAUAAAGAGCCAUGUUUUGAAGCUCCUUCUCAUUUCACUUAACCAAAAAUCUCACUUGUCUUUGAGGCCCACCGCCCACCCCAAAACUCUUCCCCUCUUCUACAUGACAUUUCAGUUCAGCCAUGGCGUCAUGGCCUGUCGGUCACUGACUUUCCUUGCACGGAGGCUGAAAGACCGAGCUUGAAACAGUGCACCAGGACAAGUCUGACUGUACGCUUUGUUUUUUUCCCCACAAGGCUCUGCUAAAGAGAGUGCAGCUGUGGGGCUGACAUCAGCUGAGCUUCAUCCCUCAGGAACAGAGCCACACACUGAAGAUCAGAUAACCGUAAGAAUACCUUCCGCAAGAGAACCACAGAAAGACACCAUCUCACACCCUGUGCUUUGCAUACAUGAAGCAGCUUGUUCACAUUUAUUCAUGACCUAUGAAGAUGCUAGAGGGUAGAGUCGACGCAAAGCGCAGUGU